GGGGCAUGCUGCGACCUCAACAACAUUAAUUCUCUUUCUGUGUACACCUUUAUACACACUCUCUGAGACUCUUCCACAUCUAACUGCUCAUAAACUUUUACUGAACGCGUUCAGUGUUCAUAUUCGACCAUACGAGGAAACACUAUGAAGAGACUUGUACAGCGCAUGUAUCGUCUGCGCAUGCGCGAUCCGCCUCCUGCAAACACCAUGGCGCAGCAAGAGCCGAAUGGAGAUUUUCCAUAUUUACCUUCAGGGGCGGCCGAGGUGAACCGAAUGAUAAAGGAGCACAGUGACUUGUUCUCUGAUUCACAAUGUAAAGUGUGUAGCGCUGUUUUAAUCUCAGAAUCCCAGAAACUUGCACAUUACCAGAGCAAAAAACAUGCGAGCAAAGUACGCCGGUACAUGAGCAUUCAUGGUAAUGAGGAGCCCGUUGCAAAACGGUUCAAGCCUUCAGGUGAUAUAAGUAAUGUUGAGGAAGGGGACAAAUACAAAGCCUGCGAUGUGUGCAACAUGACAUUCUCUUCCCCGGUAGUGGCACAGUCACAUUACCAGGGCAAAGUUCACUCCAAGAACCUUCGCUUGAAGACCUUCGGUCAGAAGACUCCUGCAUUACCUCAGCCCAAAAUACAGGUGAAGAAGGAUGAAGUACUACCUGAAAGUGCACAGGGGCCAGCAAAACAGGACCCCAACCGCUUCUGCUCCAUCUGUCAAGCUUCCUUCAACAAUCCCCUCAUGGCUCAGCAGCACUACAGUGGCAAGAAACAUAAAAAACACCUUACUAAACAGAAGCUGAUGGAGACUUAUGGGCCGUCCUCUGCACCAGCCUCCACAGUAAAGGGCUACCCAUGUACUGUGUGCAACAUUGAGCUGAACUCUGUGGAGCAGUACCAGGCCCACAUCAGCGGGUCCAAACACAAGAACCAUGGCAAACUGAAGAAGGGGCCAAAUGCAUCGGCUGGCCCUCCUGAGAACUACCAGCCUGAUUUCCAGUUACCACCCAACCAGGAAGGACCAGAGGACACAUGGGACUUGGACAACUUCAACGAGGGCUAUGAGUGAGAAGUCCUCUGCUCAUUUGUGACAAGCUCCCUCUGUUUAGGCACAGGUCAAUGUGUCUGCACUGUGCAUCUCCUAAUGCCAGCUUUUCACCACACUACAUCUCUUCCUGUCUAUUCUUGUCACUCUCACAAAUGGUUGAGGGACCACAAUAACCCCCCCCCCCCCCCCCAUAAAUGAAGGCAAGGAGACAAAACUUAAGACUGCAGCUUUUUCCAGUGUUAGGAUUGUUAAUUAGUGUUAUGUUACUUGUUUGUUUGGUUUACAAAAAAAGAUUUUCACAAUCUUCACAUACAGAUGCAGGUCCUGAAGGUUGUUUGAGGAGAUGUUUUGUUUAUUAUAUGUUUGAUACUCUUACUUGUUGCUUAUUAUUUUAACUACUCAAGCUCCUUAUUUUGUUAAAUGAAUGUCUGAUUUCAGAGCUGUUGAAUUUGAUGGUGUGCAAUGUU